CACUGUGACCCUUGGAAAGUUCACAGUGACACACAAAUACCGGUUGUAGGGUGAAGGUAGGCUUGAGGGCCGGAGUCUGGCUGAUCUUUCUGUUCAAGCCUACAGUCUGGAUUUCCUGAGAUCACCAUGGACAACGAUCUGGAGACUCGCUACUUCGGUGUGUGGGACUAUGUCGUGUUCGGAGUCAUGCUGUGUGUGUCGGCUAGUAUUGGACUGUACUACGCAUGCACGGGGGGACGGCAGCGCACGCAGAAGGAAUUCCUCAUGGCUGACAAGUCCAUGUCAGUAGUACCAGUGGCCAUGUCUCUGCUGGCUUCCUUCAUCUCUGCCAUCACCGUGUUGGGAACCCCCGCGGAGAUCUACUCUAACGGCACCAUGUUCUGGAAUUACGUGGUCGCCUACACCAUCACCAUACUGCUGGUGGCGAGGCUCUUCAUCCCGACCUUCUACAGGCUGGGACUCACCAGCACAUAUGAGUAUCUGGAGAUACGAUUCUCCAAAAUUGUACGUUUGGUCUGCACGGUCCUCUUCAUGGCCAAUAUGCUCCUGUACAUGGGACUUGUACUGUAUGUGCCUUCUCUGGCUCUUAAUGCAGUAACUGGCUUGACGCUGUGGGGCGCGGUGGUGGCUGUGGGCGUGGUCUGCACCUUUUACACAACACUUGGCGGUAUGAAGGCUGUGAUGUGGACCGACACGUUCCAGGUGGUAGUGAUGGUGGCGGGGUUUCUCGCCGUCAUUAUCCAGGGGACCAUGGAUGUGGGAGGACUGGCGCGAGUCUGGGAACUCAACCAGCAGGGACAGAGACUGGAGUUCUUCAAUUUUGACCCCGACCCGCGGAUCCGCCACUCGUCCUGGAACGUGGUGGUGGGAGGAACGUUCAUCUGGCUGGCUGUGUACGGGGUGAACCAGGCACAGGUGCAGCGGUACCUCAGCUGUCCUUCCGUCAAGAAGGCGCAGAUCGCCAUCUUGUGGAACAUCCCGGGACUGUCGAUCCUGGUGUCCUUCGCCUGUGUGAGCGGACUGGUGAUGUACGCACGGUACCACGACUGCGACCCCAAGCUAAUGGGCUACAUAGACAACUCGGACCAGAUGAUGCCGUACUUUGUGAUGGACAUCCUGGGUAAGUUUCCCGGUAUGCCCGGUCUCUUCACGGCCUGUGUGUUCAGCGGGGCGCUCAGCACCAUGUCCUCGGGCCUGAACGCGCUCGCCGCCGUGGCGCUGGAGGACUUCGUCAAGCCCUGCUUCCCCAACCUCACCGAUCUCAAGUACACCUGGAUAUCUAAGGGUCUUGCGAUGUUGUUCGGCUGCUCCAUGAUCAUGAUGUCGUACAUCGCGUCCCUGAUGGGUCCGGUGGUUCAGGCGUCUCUCAGUAUAUUCGGCAUGGUGGGAGGGCCCAUAUUCGGCAUCUUCACCCUGGGGAUGUUCUUCCCGUGCGCUAACAAAUGGGGAGGGUUGGUAGGCCUUCUGACCAGCCUUGCCAUGACCCUAUGGGUCGGGAUGGGCGGGAUCGUGUGGCCGAGGGCCCGCUGGAUGCCACCCGUGUCCACCGAGGGCUGUCCCUCGGCCAACGUCACAGCAAACUUCACCACGGCAGCCAUGACAACCGCACUCUAUGACGUCACCUCUAUGGCCGGACCCACUGACAAUGGCUACCCACCCGAAGCAGUGUUUUACGAGUUGUCCUACACAUUACUGGGAGCCUUCGCAACUGUCGUCUGUAUCGUCGUUGGUCUUCUGGUCAGUCUCGUCACAGGACCACAGAAGCCAGAGGAACUUGACCCCAAACUGACCAUCCCGAUUUGCGAGGCGCUGUUUUGCUUCCUGCCCAACAGUUGGCUGAAGUGUCUGCGCUGUGGAGUCCGACAACAAGAGAAAGAGGAAGACACGACUGUAAACAUGACUGUCGUCGAGAAUCCGUCGUUCCUAUCUGAGAAGGAAGGGACCAAGAACAGCGAAGAGCCGGAUCUACCUGACCGACAGAGAGAUGAUAAAGUGAAUGAAAUCGAAACAGCCACUUUCUUAUAAGUGAUAGAACUAGGGGUAGGUAUGGGUACGAUAAAAACGUUACUUUUUUCUUAUUGCACCGGUCCGGAAAACCCACCCCAUUUGUAAUAGACAUCACAGGGUCAUUGGGAUAGGCUACUUAUUCACAGGGAAGUAUUGUUUUCUUCUGUUUUUACGUUUACAGUUAUAUAUUUUUUAUGAUAGUCACGUACACUGUAGGGUGACAGACAGUGAGCAAUGGCCACAUUUAAUGCUAAUAAAGAAUAUUCGAAAUGAUUACAAUUAAUCACGACAUAUCAAAUACAAUUUCACAGAGGCGUGAAAAAUUCAAUGUUUCGUCUUCAGUGAAGCCUUUAGUUCUUCUUUAUGCAGAUGAUGUUAAUGGCAACAUAAAUUCUAUUUUUAACCGAUAAUAAAAUUAAUGCUCCACACAAUUUAAAUGGUGUAAGCAGCCCGUUUCCUUUGUCAUCGUUAUUUGAUAGCAGGGAUUUAUACAGUGUAAAAAAUCUACCUUACCGAAAUGAAUAGAUACAGGAUGUAUAGCAAAGCUUAAGGUUGCAAGCGGUAAAGAAAGGCAUUCAUACGUGUGGGAGACAAUAAAGAAGUUGAAAAGUUCAGCUACUGAUUUUCACAUAAUCUCUUUGUGCUAAAUCGUCGCGACAUAUGCAGAAGUAUGUAUAAUCGAGAGUAAUAUGUUAUUUGCAAAACCUAUAUAACAUCAUGUGUGUUAUUGAAUGCUUAAACUUGCACUUGAAUCUGAGGCCCACAGAAUUAAACUCUUCUUCUUAUUUACUCUUCAA